CACCCCCUCCUCCACAUCGCCGCCGUUUCAUUGUUGCAGAACCCGGCGAGUUCGUCGACGGACCGUUCCGGCCGCAUCGCUCGCCGCCGUCUCGCCCCGCGGCUUCGGUAAAAUCGCGACUCCUAGCUACUGCUCCUACAAGAUGCGAGAGUCCCUGGAUCGCGCGCUUACCUCGCGCUCGCGGUGGAUCUCCUUCUCGACAUCAUCGCUCCCGCCUCCCGGUGGAUCAAGACAAUGUGGAAACGUUGGUGCGGCCGGACAGCGGCGGCGCCGUCGUCGGAGGCCCUCCCGGUGGAUCUCCUUCUAGAAAUCAUUGCUCGCGCCGACGUCACAGCCAUCGUCCGCUGUGCCGCGACCAGCAGGAUCCUUCGGCGCGGCAUCCUCGACCGGGCCUUCCGGCGCAGCAUCAUGGCCCGCCACCACGGCGGCUUCGAUCGCGCCCUCCUCCUCGGCGUCUCCUACCGGGAACGCGGCGAUGUCACGACCCACCGCGUCAUCCACACCCCAGGGCCAACAAAGCUUGCUGCCCGCCUCGACGAACUUAGCUUCCCGGACCCGCUCAGGGCCGUGGCCUCGCGGGCCGGGGCAACCUGCUCGUCCUCUGCAGCUUCCCGGACCCCCAAGGCCUUGAUGUCAAGCUGCGGGUGUGCGACGCAUUCACCGGUCAUGUCACCUCACUCCCACCCGCCAGUUUGCCGGACCCGUGCCUCCACGUCGUGCUCAGCAUCGGUGACGCCGGCCGCUCCUUCGAGCUGCUCGUCGCUGACAAGAACAUACAAUUCCACCAGACAUUCUCGUCCAAGAGCGGUCAAUGGAGCGCCGUCCACCAGGUCUCCGUCCCCCACCCAGACAAACAUGUCGGCUCUUACUGCUCUGCCGUCAUCGGUCGCACCGUCUACUGGCCCUGUCAUGUCCACGCCGUCUCCUAUUGGGACCAUGUCCUCGCUCUGGACCUCGACGCGCGGGAGGCGAUGAUGAUUAAGCUCCCACGGGGCUGCUUCUCCAGAAUGGCGACCAGUAAGAAAAACGAGCACCUCCACCUGGCCUCAGUGCACGGUCGGUUGUGCUUGCUAGUCGCCGAGAGCUGCGGCAUAGCGAUGUGGACGUUGACAGCGGCGACAUGGAGCCAGCGGGUGGUUAUCAACACUCUAGAGAUCGCGAGGCAGGUGGGGUUUUCUCCCUACGAAUAUGCCCUUGCGCCGUUGAGAAUCGAGGGGUUCGGGGAGAGGAGCGGUGCCGUCAUCCUAUCCCAGCCAAGGUCUGGUAUAAACAGCGGUGAGUUACUCCGGCUCGACCUUGGAACUAUGAAGAAAGUGCCUGUCGUCACGAGUCUCAGUGGCCCUGGAAACGUAGUGUGGGUCGCGCGCUUGUUCUUGCACGAGGUUGAUCUACUCUCUGUACUGGAUUUACUGGAAGCCAUGAAGCAUUUCUAAGCAUGCACUACUUUCUCCUUUGUUAUGCAAGAUGCGUGUAUUAGUUUUAGCUCUAUUAUUACG